AAGCGCGACCGAAACGAAGCGCGACCGAAAUGAUCUGUAUUCAUAUCGAUACGUACGGUUACGAUACGUACGAGUAGGCCUAGCUGGAGGAGUAUGCAGUAGUAUGUCAUCCGCUACGCCAUUAUCGCUUUUGGGAAAGGUUGCGCUCAUAACUGGUGCUAGCUCAGGAAUCGGGGCAGCGACAAGUGUUCUGUUUGCACAACUUGGCGCCAAAUUAGUAUUGAAUGGCAGACGUGUGGAAAACCUAGAAAAGACAAGUAAAGAGUGUGAAAAACAUGGGGCAAAGCCUCUCCUUGUUCCUAGUGAUGUCACCAAUGAAGCAGAUAAUGUGAUUCUUGUUGAGAAGACUGUCCAGCACUUUGGCCAACUUGAUAUUUUGGUAAACUGUGCAGGUGUUUUGGCAUUAGGAAACAUAGAAACAUCAACCUUACAGGAUUUUGAUUAUAUGAUGAAUACAAAUGUAAGGUCUGUGUUCCAUUUAACAUCUCUUUCUGUACCACACCUGAUUAAAACACAAGGCAACAUUGUCAAUGUAUCUAGUGUCAAUGGUCUGAGAUCGUUUCCUGGUGUGCUGACUUAUUGCAUCUCCAAAAGUGCAGUUGACCAGAUGACACACUGUGUAGCCCUUGAGCUAGCCUCAAAGAAAGUGCGAGUUAAUGCUGUCAACCCAGGAGUUAUUGUGACAGAUUUGCAAAAGAGAGGAGGGUUAAGUGAGGAGGCUUAUGCUGCAUUUUUAGAAAAAUCGAAGGUCACCCAUGCACUAGGUAGACCAGGUGAAGCUGAUGAAGUUGCCAGUUCCAUUGCAUUUUUAGCAUCAGACGCGGCAUCGUUUAUAACAGGGGUAACAUUACCAGUAGAUGGUGGCAGGCAUGCUAUGUGUCCACGUUAAGAAACGAGUCACCUAUUAUGAAGAUGUUUUGCAUCCCAG